UUUUUGAACGCUUUAGCUCGAGAUCAGAUGCUCCCUGUGCGGGCUGAGAGGGGAGCGGGCAGACAGCGCUUCUUCUGCGGGGGGAUGCAGCAAUGAACGGAGCCUGGCGCACAACUUCUCUCCAGUCCCGCUGCAACCGCUGCUGGACUCUCCUUUAGGAUUUUCUUCUUGUGACAGAACGAGAUGGACUUUACUUCUUCUGCCAGCAUGUAUUCAGCAGCAUUGCUACUGAUGAUGGCCGUCAGGAUCUACGCAGACAGCAUGGAAGGGCCAACAGCUGGCUGUACCUUUGAUGAGGACUCGGACCCCGGCCUGUGUGAGUACCGGCAGGGACAAGAUGACGACUUUGACUGGCAGCUGAUCAGGACCUACAACUGGCCACACCCGACCCCGGAUCUUCUACGAGGGUCCUUCAUGAUGGUCAAUUCCUCGCAGCAUUUCGGGGGCCAGCGAGCUCAGCUGCUCCUGCUCCCGCUCAGCGAGAACGACACCCACUGCAUCCAGUUCAGCUACUUCCUGUACAGCCGCGACGGCCACAGCCCCGGGGACCUGCAGGUCUUCAUCCGGGUCAACGGGGGCCCCAAGGGCAGCGCUGUGUGGAAUAUCUCGGGCUCCGAGGGACGCCAGUGGCACCAGGUGGAGCUCGCUGUAAGCACGUUCUGGCCCAGUGAAUACCAGGUCAUCUUUGAAGCGACCAUUUCCGAAGAACGGCAGGGCUACAUUGCCUUGGACGACAUUGUGCUGCUCAAUUACCCCUGUUACAAGGUGCCUCAUUUCUCUCGGCUUGGUGACGUAGAGGUGAACGCCGGGCAGAAUGCCUCAUUCCAGUGCGUCGCCACGGGCAAAGUUUCGGAGACUGAGCCCUUCCUCCUGGAGCCUGCCGCCCAUUCUAAUCCCUUGAAUAGACUUCAGCGGAGAAACAGCGUGGUGCUGGACACGUCCUUGCUGUCUCGGUUGAGUCAUAAGCGGCUGAUGGCGACUUUCCAGGUGGAGGCGCAGCGCGGGGAGCAGGACCUCUACCGCUGCAUCACCCUGUCGCCCAGGGGCGCCGCCGUCUCCAACUUUGGAGAGCUCAUCGUCAGAGUGCCCCCAACCCCAAUUGCCCCCCCACAGCUCCUGCGGGCAGGCCCCACCUAUCUGAUCAUCCAGCUCAACACCAACUCCAUCGUGGGGGACGGGCCCGUCAUUCGGCGAGAAAUCCAGUACCGGGCAAGCCAGUCCACGUGGACGGAGACUCACGGUGUGGGCUCACUUACCUAUAAGAUUUGGCAUCUGGAGCCUGACACAGAGUACCGCAUCAGUGUCCUGCUCACCCGGCCCGGGGACGGGGGUACAGGAGCACCGGGACCCCCUCUGACUAGCAGGACAAAGUGUGCGGAGCCCAUGCGUGCCUUGCGAGGUCUGACAGCUGCAGAGAUCCAGCCCCGGCAGCUGGGCCUUCAGUGGGAGCCGCUGGGCUACAACCUCACCCGCUGUCACACCUACUCCUUGUCCCUGUGCUACCGCUACUCCAUGCCAACAGGGGGCAGCGGAGGGAACAACGCCACCGUCAGAGAGUGCCUGUCCGUGGAUCGCAACACCUCUCACUUCACCCUGAGAGACCUGCCACCCUUCCGCUCGGUCCACGUCCGGCUGGCGCUGGCCAACCCCGAAGGCAAGAAGGAGAGCAGAGAGGUUACCUUCCAGACGGAGGAAGACAUUCCUGGCGGCAUCGCUCCAGAGUCCCUGACCUUCACCCCGCUCGAUGACAUGAUCUUCCUCAAGUGGGAGGAGCCCGUAGAGCCCAACGGUCUCCUCACGCAGUACGAGAUCAGCUACCAGAGUAUCGAGUCAUCAGACCCAGGCAUUAACGUGCCAGGUCCUCGUCGCACAGUGUCCAAGCUGAGGAACGAGACCUACCACAUGUUCUCUGGCCUGCAUCCUGGAACCACCUACCUGGUGUCAGUCCGGGCCCGGACCGCCAAGGGGUUCGGCCAGACGGCACUCACCGAGAUCACCACCAACAUCUCUGCCCCGGUGUUUGACUAUGAAGACAUCCCGUCUCCGCUGAGUGAGUCGGAGAGCACCAUCACUGUGCUGCUGCGCCCUGCGCUGGCCAGAGGGGCUCCAGUCAGUGCCUACCAGGUGGUGGUGGUGGAGGAGGACGCUUCCCGGAGGGUGAGGAGGAGGGAGCUGGGCUCCGUCGACUGUUUCCCCACAGCCAACUCCCACGGCGAGGCGCAGGCCAAAGGGGCCCCGCAUUACUACACGGCAGAGCUGGCCCCUAGCAGUCUGCCCGAGGCCACGCCCUUCACCGUGGGCGACAACCACACCUACAACGGCUACUGGAACAGCCCUUUAGACCCCACCAAAAACUACCUCAUCUUCUUUCAGGCCACCAGCAACUUCAGAGGGGAGACCAGAAUAAACUGCAUCCGGAUCGCUCGCAAAGCUGCCUGCAAGGACUCCAAGCGAGCUCUGGAGGUGUCCCAACAUGCCGAGGACAUGGGUCUGAUCCUCGGGGCCUGCGCCGGCGGCCUGGUGGUCCUCAUUCUGCUUCUCGGGGCCAUCGUCAUCAUCGUCAAGAAGGGAAGGGACUUCUAUUCUUACCCUUACUACCCUAGGAAGAAGGUGGCCAUAAACAAGGCAGCCAUGUCCUACAGGCAGGAGAAGAGUCGGAAGCUGAGCUCGUUAGACUGCAGCAUGACCGAGCAGAGCACUCUCCAGCAGGAUGAGAGGAUGGCCCACUCCUUCAUGGAUGCCCACGGCUGCAACGCUCGAAACGAACAGCGUAGCUCCGUCAACGAGUCCAGCAGCUUACUGGGAGGCUCGCCCCACCGCCACUGUCGGAGGAAGAGCUCGCCCUAUCACACGGGUCAGCUGCACCCUGCUGUAAGGGUGGCCGACCUCCUGCAGCACAUCAACCAGAUGAAGACGGCCGAGGGAUACGGCUUCAAACAAGAAUACGAGAGUUUUUUCGAUGGCUGGGACGUCACAAAGAAGAAGGACAAGACCAAAGGAAGGCACGAUAGUCUGCUUAACCAUGAUCGCCAUAGAGUGAAGCUCCACUCUCUGCUUGCAGACCCCAGCUCUGAUUAUGUCAAUGCCAACUACAUAGACAUUCGGAUAAACAGGGAAGGUUACCAGCGAUCAAAUCACUUCAUCGCCACUCAAGGCCCCAAGCAGGAGAUGAUCUAUGACUUCUGGCGGAUGGUCUGGCAGGAGAACUGCUUCAGUAUUGUCAUGAUCACUAAGCUGGUGGAAGUGGGCAGGAUGAAGUGCUGUAAGUAUUGGCCUGAUGACACGGAGCUCUACGGUGACAUUAAGAUAACGCUGCUGAAGACAGAGACACUGGCAGAGUACACCGUGCGCACCUUCGCCAUGGAGAGGCGAGGUUACCCUGCCAAGCACGAGGUGUGCCAGUUCCACUUCACCUCGUGGCCGGAACACGGCGUGCCGUACCAUGCCACCGGCCUGCUGGCUUUCCUGCGCCGGGUCAAGGCCUCCACGCCGCCCGACGGCGGGCCAGUGGUGGUCCACUGCAGUAUGGGGGCGGGCAGGACCGGCUGCUACAUUGUGCUGGAUGUCAUGCUGGAUAUGGCCGAGUGUGAAGGAGUGGUGGAUAUCUACAACUGUGUCAAGACUCUGUGCUCCCGACGCAUCAACAUGAUCCAGACUGAAGAGCAGUACGUGUUCAUCCACGAUGCCAUCCUGGAGGCAUGUCUGUGUGGAGAGACAGCCAUCGUCGUGAAUGAGUUUGCUCUCACCUAUAAGGAGAUGCUAAAGGUUGACUCUCAGAGUAACACCUCGCAGCUCAGAGAGGAGUUUCAGACUCUGAACUCGGUGACCCCCCACCUGGACGUGGAGGAGUGCAGCAUCUCUCUGAUGCCCAGGAACCGCGAGAAGAACCGCAGCAUGGACGUGCUGCCGCCGGACCGCUCGCUGGCCUUCCUCGUCACCACCGAGGGCGAGAGCAGCAACUACAUCAACGCGGCGCUCGCCGACAGCUUCCUCCGGCCCGCCGCCUUCGUGGUGACGCCACACCCGCUGCCCGGCACCACCACCGACUUCUGGAGGCUCUUGUACGACUACGGCUGCACCUCGGUGGUGAUGCUCAACCAGCUCAACCAGUCCAACUCUGCCUGGCCUUGUCUGCAGUAUUGGCCUGAACCAGGGUUGCAGCAGUUUGGGCCAAUGACGGUGGAGCUUCUGUCCAGGACGGCCGACGAUGACGUAAUCAUCCGUCUCUUCCGGGUUCAGAACAUCACUCGGCUUCAGGAAGGCCAGCUUGUGGUGCGUCACUUCCAGUUCCUGCGCUGGUCCCCGUACCGCGACGUGCCCGACUCCAAGAAAGCCUUCCUCAGCCUUUUGGCUCAGGUUCACAACUGGCAGAUGGAGUGUGGAGAGGGACGCACCAUCGUCCACUGCCUGAAUGGCGGCGGUCGAAGCGGUACUUUCUGUGCCAGCACCAUGAUCUUGGAGAUGAUUCGUCACCACAGCAUGGUGGACGUGUUCUUUGCUGCCAAAACGCUGCGCAACUCCAAGCCGAACAUGGUGGAGACAAUGGAGCAGUACCGGUUCUGCUAUGACCUGGCCCAGGAGUACCUGGACUGUUUGGAAGUCAGAUAGCACCAAUCCCUCCCUUCUGGUCCCUCUUGGAGGAGAAGGUCUGCGUCCUGGAUCCUGGAUCUGUGCUCCUGCCUCCUUUUAAUCCAUGUAUACAGCUCUGGUUGUCUUUGUGCGCCAUGCCUGGAUGAAACACUGUCUGCCGUAAAGACAUAACAAUUUAGAAAGCUCACUGGGCAAUUUGUAACAUACUACUGACACCCUUUUUUUUUGCUUUUUCUCGGCGUUCUGAUCCAACCUAUACUCUUUCGUGCCACUUCACAUCUUGCCAAACCACAGGACACUUAACAGGAGUAGAGUCGGUUUUCUAUCCGAGCUCCGUCGAGGCAGCCGGACCGGCUGUCGUGCACCUCGCCGACAGGACUCAAAGAGCUCAGCUGUAUCCUGCCUUACUACGAACAAACACUAAAAGGGAACUACAGUUGACGCCAACCACUGGGUGAUAUUGUGUGUUUGUUUGUAACACUGUAAAUGGUGCAAUCUGCUGUUGGUGAACAUCCCGUGUCGUACGGUACUAUAUUUGAACUUUAUUAUGUGGGUGAGGCUGACGAUUGAAGGUAAACCCCGAGGGAAGAAGUCAGUCAAAUCUGAUGGACAUAUCUGUACAGUAGAGUUGUCUUGGACCUAAUUUCUCUUUAUUUAUUUUCUCUGUAUAUAGAUGCCCCCCUCCCCUCCCUUCCCCCCCGGGUGUUUCUAGAUGUUCUUAACGUCUUAUCAGUGUGCCAAUCCAUUCUCUCUGUGUUUGUAAAUGGGGAUCACUUCAGCAUCUGCAUGCCCAGUCUUAAGUGUUUUCAUUGCAGUGUGUGGCCCAAGUCUGCUUCAGGAUGGAUUCUGCAACGUAAAUCCCUCCGCUCGUCCUCUGAGAGCUCCGUAAAAGAAUAACCGCGUGUUGCUGUGAGAAUACGGCGAAAAAGCUGUCGCUUUCUAAAUUUGUAUUUAUUCAAUGUGUUUUAUUUUCUAAAUAGUGUA